AUGACAGCAGAUAUCAAUCACGCCGCUGCACGAGUGUUAUCAACUGACAGCUCCCGCGACCCUAGCUUCAACGAUUUCUCCUUCACCCCAUUCCUGCGGAAGAGCUUUGGCUUCGGUCUUGCCAGCGAUGUUCCAGUCUGCAAAGCCUACAGCGAAGGCCACUGUCCUCUCGGACCUGCCUGCCCAGAUCGCCACCCUACCCCGUCACGAGUAACGACAUCAACAACCACCGCGUCCGGCUUGGCGCCCUCGACCACACACGGCUCGCUUGUCUGCAAACAUUUCCUCAAGGGACUGUGCAAGAAGGGACUGAAAUGCGAAUAUCUCCACGAAUAUAACCUCCGUCGUAUGCCUGAAUGCCAGUCUUUUUCCCGGUCAGGCUACUGUCCCAACGGCGAUGACUGUCUCUACCAACACGUUCGGGAACAGGCCAGACUACCCCCUUGCGAGAACUACGAUCGUGGAUUCUGUGAGCUAGGACCACUCUGUGCAAAACGCCAUGUCCGCCGAAAGAUGUGCCCAUACUACCUUGCCGGGUUCUGUCCCGAGGGUAAAGCUUGUGUGGAUGCUCAUCCCCGCUGGUCGGAGAACCUCCCGAGACCGUCCAUGCGGGUGGAAAAGACCGAGGACGAAUUGGAGCGCGAGAGAACAUUGAUCCGUGAAGAGCAGGAGAGAGAAAAGGAGAGGGAACGUGAGUGGAGGAGUGAGCGUGGCCGUGGCGGUGGGUUCAUGCGGGGCCGGUAUCGUGGACGAGGACGGGGAUAA